AUCUCAAGAAUUAAGCAACUGAGCUUUUCAUCAACACGAUAUCCCACCUUUCUCGCUACUCCGCAUUUGCCUGAUUGCCCCGACAUCUUGACAGUCUGUUUCGGGUAACAUUUUAGUGACGUCAUCAACCAGCCCCUCCUCCAUACUCCAUCCGACUCUACUUCAACUACUUUAUCUCAUUUCUUCCCACCCCACCUUCUCUUGUUUCUCCUCCAGUACCGACAGUCAAAUCUGCCUACUACGAGGAACUCUCAGUGAUCAUUAUCUUUUCAAAACCACUCAAUUGAUUCCAUCGUCAACCCCUCAAAUCUAUCAAAAUGCCUCGUGCCGUUGAGCAAACCUCCAAGAUGUUCUACAAGGGUUCAUCUGAUGACUUCGUCAUCUUUGUCGACGAUAACGACAUUGUGAACAAGUGGCGCAACGACCGCUCCAUCCCCCUGGCCGACGUGGUCAACGGCUUCAAGAUCUUUGUCACUCACAAGCACGGAGCCCAGGGUAUCCUGGACAACGCCAGCAAGUCGAGCCUCCAGAACGAGUUCGGCACCGACAACGAGGACGACUGCUUGAUCAAGAUCUUGGAGAACGGUGAAUUCCAGAGCUCUCAGUCCCGUGAGCGUCAGGAUGACACCAACUUCGCCAACGGCCCUGCUCUUCGAUAGAUGAUGCUAGACGCUUUCUAAUAAGCUGAUGCUACUGCUGGCUGGCUGGCUGGCUGGCUGGCUGGCUAGCUGUUUUCCUGUUCUGCUGCAGAAGUGUUCAGGAUAAUUUCUUUGAUGUUUAUUCUCUCUUGAUGAGCCCAUGUGUUUCUAGCGGAUGAAAUAUGGUUUUUUAAACCUGGUACCAUGGUACCAACCAAUCUGGGGUGUUUUGAGAAACGUGUGAUAUGUUGAUUGUGGUGGAAAUAGGUUGACUAAUUUAGUGUCUACUUGUUUGAUAACUGAAUACAAAUACCCAUGU